UUCCUUUCGUGAGAACUCCGUUUAUCUCGUUGAGGUCGGGCAGGGCUGCCAGAGGCGGUCGUGGCAUGUAGAGGUUUGUAACACUCGAGGUGAGACUCCGGGUUAGCUUGCAGCUACACCCUCCACAGCCCUGGACCCUGACCCUGACCCAUGUCCUUGCAGAAAAGGCAGCAAGGAGCUAGUUUCAAGGCAACCAUUCCUUCCUGGGCGCAGGUGCUCUGUGAGAACUGAUGGGGGGUCAAUGAUUAUGAUUCUUUUCUUCAGAGAUGUAUGUGCUUUAAAGGGAUUCCUGAUAACAUAAAAUGCAAAGAAAUUAGUUGAAGGACUUCUGGGAAUUGCACAGUACUGAGUGUGUAUGUGUGUGUGAGCUAAUUUUAGACAGUAAGAGGCUGGCCGAAGUCUUCUCAGAUCCUGAAACAGCUGUUUGCUCUGCUCAUGCACACACACCAACCCAGACAGGGGUGUUAACUGCUGGUGAAAACCUGAUCAUCUGAAGGCACCUAUCUCCAUCUAACUGAUUUGAACAAGACAGAAAUUGCUUCAGGAAAGAUAUGUAUAAGAAGGAAAUGAAAAAAAAAAUGUCUGGGAUUUUGUCCUUGUAGGUCUAGGGAUUGGAUCUGCUGUCAGAUCCUAGGCUGGCCCUCCCUGGAGAAAGCCUUCUGUCCAGACAGCAAGUGGGAGUGAUGGAGGAAACUUUCCUAAUCAUCUGGUUGAGUUCUGGUAUGAAGAAAAGCUGUGUUAUCCUCCCCCCAGCUCGCAUCAUCUGAAUAGCAGUGGGAUGUGGGCUGCAGGGUGAUGGAAUCAACACAGAAAUGGCACAGAGGCACAGCCACUGGAAGUAUUAACUAACUGUCGUGAUGGAGUGUUGCAGGGGUGAUGAUUUCCAGAGUGGGGGAGCUAACACCUCUGAGGCAGUCCUGUUAGGCUAGUAAUGGGAAAGGUGCCUCAUCGCUCAGACAAUCUACAUGAGCUUUGCUCUACUGAGAAAGAACUUGUAAGAACAAUAACUCCUUGCUGUAAAGCACUUUCCUUUUUGGAGCUUUUUCUUGUUGCCCUUGUCUUCCAUGGAGACUCUCAUUUUAGUCUCCGUGGUUAUCCUGUGAGUCAGGAGUACUCUCUAGUUUUUCCAGAUGGUAAGGGAAAAGCUCUGAGUGUUAAUAACCCUCUUGAGCUACUGAUCCAGGCAUGGGACUCAGAGUUCUCUGAUUCAAGCUUCUUGCUUUGGUUUCUUCAGAAAGCCACAUCUGCCUGCCUCUUCCUCAGUCUGAGGGAUGGGUCAGGGGACCCAGAUUCCCAUUGUAUCUGGAUGGUGGGACCAACAACAUGGAGCAAGUUCUGCUGGUGGCCAUCCUUGUCCAUUAUAUACACAGAUACCACUUUCAGCUCUUCCAGCCACGUAAAUUCUUUGCAAGACUGGUGUGCAUCUCUGUGUGUUUCUUCAAUCCUAGUUCAGUCAGCCUACACUGAAGCUGACUGAAUUGCAUUGAAUUCAUUUUUGUGUCUCCCUUUGGCUCUGAGCUGCUAGUAAAAUUUGUUUAGAUUCCAGGAACCAGAAUAACAUAGUAUGGUUUAAAAAUAGCCUAUCUCAUCAGAUUAGCCCUUUUUUCACUACCUCCUUCUGAUAAAGCAGAGACUGGUGCUUUACCUGGUUGCAAGCUGGGGCUCAGAAGUGACAUGAAACAUUUCAUAGAAUGUUGGCCCAGCAUGUAGGCAUGGACAGGACCCAAGCCUGUGUCUUCUGAUUCCAUCCAAUUCCUGUGUUCUUCCUGUGAUAACUUGUCUAAAGUCAGCUCGGGUGCUGCGCAGAAGGAGGAAGAGAGAACCCACAAGGCACUGGUCCAAAGCAGCCUGACAACUUGGUCACUGAUGGGGGUGUUUAAAAAUUAAUAGACCAAGGGAGGGGAGCAGUGGCAGAUCCAAUCUCAAGAGCUUUUUCUGAUCAGGUUAUGACUGUUUUGGAGUUUCUCUGGGUUGAGUUCUUACCCCAUUGGAGCUGUACAGGAGACAGGAGAGAAAUAGAGGGGAAGAGGGUAGUGAGUGUGCCGGGGAUAGAGCACAGGAUAGAAGUGAUCCCCAGGGAUGAGGGCACCUACUGCUGUGCUGCCACUACAGCUGCCAGCUAAGAAUGAGGAAUGGCUUAUUCGGAGGAGCAAGGAAAAGAGCCCUGUGGUUUUAUUCGCCAGAAUUCCGGCAAUUCCAUUUCCUUGGACUUUGAGCCCAACACAGAGUAUCACUUUGUGGAGCAAUUGGAAGAACGCUACAAGUGUGCCUUCUGCCGCUCAGUGCUUCACAACCCCCACCAGACAGGUUGUGGACACCGCUUCUGCCAGCACUGCAUCCUGUCCCUGAGAGAAUUAAACACAGUACCAAUCUGUCCUGUAGAUAAGGAGAUUAUCAAAUCUCAGGAGGUGUUUAAAGACAACUGCUGUAAAAGGGAAGUCCUCAAUUUAUAUGUGCAUUGCAAAAAUGAGCCUGGAUGUAAUGCUAAGAUUAUUUUGGGACGAUACCAGGAUCACCUCCAGCACUGCUCCUUUCAGCCUGUGCCUUGUUCCAAUGAGAACUGCUGUGAAGUCCUGCUCCGAAAAGAUCUGAAAGAGCACUUGAGCGCCCACUGUCAGUUUAGAGAGGAAAAAUGUCUCCAUUGCAAAACCGACGUGGUUGCAAUCAAUCUGCAGAACCACCUGGAAAACUUGUGUCCGGAGUACCCCGUUUCUUGCCCCAACAAGUGUUUGCAGAUUAUUCCCAGAACCAAGGUGAAUGAACACCUUGCAGUGUGUCCUGAGGCUGAACAAGACUGUCCUUUUAAACACUAUGGCUGUACUGUAAAGGACAAGCGGGAGAAUCUGCACGAACACGAGCAGUCAGCCUUGAGGGACCACAUGCUUCUGGUUUUGGAAAAGAACUUCCAGUUAGAAGGACAGAUUUCUGAUUUAUAUAAGAGCCUUGAACAAAAAGAACGUAAGAUCCAGCAGCUAGCAGACACUGUGAAGAAAUUUGAAAAAGAGUUCAAGCAAUUUACACAGUUAUUUGGCAAAAAUGGAAGCUUCCUCUCAAACAUCCAGGUUCUCACCAGUCAUAUUGACAAGUCUGCUUGGUUAGAAGCUCAAGUACGUCAGCUAUUACAGAUGGUUAACCAGCAACACAGUAAAUUUGACCUGAAGCCUUUGGUGGAAGCUGUUGAUACAGUGAAACAGAAAAUCACUCUGCUGGAAACCAAUGAUCAAAGAUUAGUUGUUUUAGAAGGGGAGACAAACAAGCAUGAUGCACACAUUAAUAUUCAUAAAGCACAGCUGAAUAAAAAUGAAGAGCGAUUUAAACUUCUGGAGGGUGCCUGCUAUAAUGGGAAGCUCAUUUGGAAGGUGACAGAUUACAAGCUGAAGAAGAGGGAGGCGGUAGAUGGGCACACGGUGUCCAUCUUCAGUCAGCCCUUCUACACCAGCCGCUGUGGCUACCGGCUCUGUGCUAGAGCAUAUCUAAACGGAGAUGGGUCUGGAAAGGGGACACACCUGUCCCUGUACUUUGUGGUGAUGCGAGGAGAGUUUGACUCAUUGUUACAGUGGCCCUUCAGGCAGCGAGUGACCCUAAUGCUAUUGGACCAGAGUGGCAAAAAGAACCACAUUAUGGAGACCUUCAAAGCUGAUCCCAACAGCAGCAGCUUUAAAAGGCCUGAUGGAGAGAUGAACAUUGCAUCAGGUUGUCCCCGCUUCGUGGCUCACUCCACUUUGGAGCAUGUCAAGAACACCUACAUUAAAGAUGACACUCUGUUCUUGAAAGUGGCUGUGGAUCUCACUGACCUCGAGGAUCUCUAGUCACUGUUUAUGGGAUGACAAGAAAGCUUCUUCGGUCCAAAAGCAUGGAGAACACAACUGGCUAUCAUAUUGACCUGGAUUGACAGACUUAAUGUAUACUGUG